UGCACCAGGGGAGGCUCAGGGUGGACAUCAGGAGGAAUUUCCCCAUGGGAAGGGUUGGGAAUUGCUGCCCAGGGAGGUUUGGGGUGCCCAUCCCUGGGGGUGUCCCAGGCAGGCUCAGAGCUCUGGGCUGGGCUCUGGUCCUGGAGGGAUUUUUCCACCUCAUCCACGCUGGCAUUGAGGAGUGCCCGGGCACAGCAUGGCAGUGACUGCCAGUGGGGCAUUUCUGUGGACUCCCCCUGCCCCUGGCUGUCCCAGCACUGGUAUUUAAUAUUCCCAUGGUAUUUUUUUAAAAUUUUUUUUUCUUCACCCCAGUCUAAAGGUGUCAAACUCUGCCCUGCUCAUCCCCCAGCUCGUGUUUGCCUUGGUGGCUGCAUCUCAGGCUGCUGAUUACUCCAGGGAAAUGAAACAACAUCUGGCUGUCUUUGGAGACUGGAGCUGGAAGUAAAACCAUCUGAGGAGACCAAGAUCAAAACCCCAUUGAAGGCAGCAGAAUAAAUCCAGUCUGGAGGAGCGUCAGACAAAGGGAGGAACAGCUGGAUCGAGUAAAACGCGAGGAAAAUCGCUUCCAUCCCUAGGGGGAGGGAGAAAGAUUUGUUUUGUCAGCCCAGAGCUGUGUGGGACCAACUUCAGCCGCUGAAAAUUUUGAUGUCAGAGUCAGGGAGGGCUCAGAAAGGCCCAGAGGGAGGGGAAGGAGGAGAGGGAUCUGCAGAAAGUGCGAGGGAAGGGAAGGAGGUGCAGCGGGAGCAGAGCUGCGAGUUGGAGGAGGAGUAAUCCUGCAGAAUCUGAGCUGCUGUCCUCAGCUCUGGGGGUGUAAAUUGAUGAGGUCAUAGUGUUUUCUAGUUACAGAAAAGAAAGUUUAAGGGAAAAAAAAAAAAAAAAAAGGCCUUCAGCUUGUUUUUCAAGAGAGGAGACAACUCCGAGAGGCCGAAGAAAUGGAGCAACUUGCAAAACUCCUCCUGUGGCAGAUUUUGCUUCAGCAAAGUUCUGUGAGCUCAUACUCAGUCCCAGCCGACGCCUCCAACCCCGCCAGCGUGGUGGUGUCGGUGCUGAACGUCAGCGCGGCGCUGGGCUCGCAGGCCGUGCUGCCGUGCCGCAGCCACCGCAUGGUGUGGACGCAGGACCGCCUCAACGACCGGCAGCGCGUGGUGCACUGGGACCUGCAGGGCCACGGGGACAGCAGGAUGGAGAGGCUCUGUGACAUGUACUCGGCUGGGGACCAGCGUGUCUACAGCUCCUACAACCGAGGCAGGAUCCUCAUGCCCCAGAACGCCUUCGCCGACGGGAAUUUCUCGCUGGUGAUCAAAGGUGUUGUAGAGAGUGAUGAAGGCACCUAUUCCUGUAAUCUCCACCAUCACUACUGCCACUUGUACGAGACUGUCAAAGUCCAGCUGGUGGUCGCCAAGAGAGGCGAGGCGGCCAGCGAGUACUGGGACGGCGAGAAGCCGGUGCUGGUGGCGCCGGAGGGCAGCACGGCCACGCUGCCGUGCGUGAACCGCGGGCACGUGUGGACGGAGCGGCACAGCGAGGAGGAGCAGCAGGUGGUGCACUGGGACCGGCAGCCCCCCGGCGUGCCCCACGACCGCGCCGACCGCCUGGUGGACCUGUACGCGUCCGGAGAGCGCCGCGCCUACGGGCCGCUCUUCCUGCGGCAGAAGAUGAACGUCAGCCGCGGCGCCUUCGCCCUCGGAGACUUCUCGCUGCGCAUCUCCCGCCUGGACAGCGCCGACGAGGGCACCUACUCGUGUCACCUGCACCAUCACUACUGCGGGCUGCACGAGCGCAGGAUCUACCACGUGUCCGUGGAGCAGCCGGAGAGAGAGGGGAAGGGGGUGAACCUCACCACGCAGGGCAAGGUGCCGGCCGCGGAUCCAACCGUGGUCAGGGGCCACAAUGUCAUCAAUGUCAUCAUCCCUGAGAGCAGGAUGCACUUCUUCCAGCAGCUGGGCUACGUCCUGGCCACCCUGCUGCUCUUCCUCGUCCUCCUCAUCGUCGUUGUCCUCGUCACCCGCCGGCGCCGGCAGCGAGGUUAUGAGUACAACGUGAAGAAAUAUGGAGAGAAGGAUGUGAAUCUGAAAGAAUUUACAGUGGACGCCACAGAUCUGACCCCACACAAAAGUGAAGACAUCAGGCUGGAUUACAAAAACAACAUCCUGAAGGAGAAGGCUGAGCAGGCCAGGAGCUUCCCAGCAAAGAACAUUGAUUUAGACAAAGAUUUCAGGAAGGAAUAUUGUAAAUGAAGACACUCCCAAGCUGCUGGCUGGACCAGAAGCUUCCAUCAGAGAUAGAUAACGUGGAAGAGAGAUGGCUUUUCCUAAUUCCAUCUCCCUCCACUUCCCACAGGAAUUUUUCCACAUCCUUUCCUCCCCACACAAGGGUGCAAACGCUUCAUGAAAGAGUUAACCUGUCUCGUGUGCAUUUAUGGGGCUGGGUUGCCUUUUCUUCCUCUGUUCUCCCAAACCUCCCUUCCCCUUUCCUUUCUCCACAAUUACUGUUGGAUUUUCUGCAUCAAUGGUUUUUUAUGAGCUGAAUCAGCAGACGUUUUGCUUUGAUGUUACUGCUUUAAAUUGAAAUAAAACCACCUGCAGCACCGA